AUGGAGUUCAUUCUUGCUCCACUCUUCUCUAUUGUUGAAUGUCCUAGAUUGAAGAUAAAGAAACCAAACUUUAUAACAUGGCCAUCACCAAUGGUUUUCUUCGCUCUCAUUCUCCUCAGCUAUUUUCUAAUUACUGGAGGUGUUAUUUAUGAUAUGAUCGUAGGACCGCCAAGUAUGGGACGGAAACUGAUUCCAGGGGUAAUCAGAGACCAACGAAAAUGCCGUCUUAUAUGCGAUGAUUUUCCGACCACAGUCUCAUUUUAUGAUGGUUGUAUUUGA